CCCCCCAAAAAGAAAGGCUCGAAGUUGCUGCGCAGAGUGAGUGUAUUUCCGCUUUGAUUUCCUCUUACGUUUCUUUCUCUUCAAUCAGGCUGUGAGUCUCGCAAUGGUUAAUUGAGCACCGAGAGGUCUUUAAAUUUUUUGAGAGGUUUCUGCCAUGGCAAACAACUUAACGGGGCAACUUGUUUGUUCAGAGAUACAUGGAUUCCAUACAUUGCAAGAGCUGGAUGUUAGGAACACUAUGGAGGAAGCAAAAAGCAGAUGGCUUCGCCCUAAUGAGAUUCAUGCUAUACUUAGUAAUUACAAGUAUUUCACCAUCCAUGUAAAGCCAGUGCAUUUGCCUCCAAGUGGUACUAUUGUUUUAUUUGACCGCAAGAUGCUUAGGAACUUUCGGAAAGAUGGAUACAACUGGAAAAAGAAAAAGGAUGGAAAAACUGUGAAGGAAGCUCAUGAACACUUAAAAGUUGGUAACGAAGAAAGGAUCCAUGUAUACUAUGCACAUGGCCAAGAUAACCCAAGUUUUGUGCGUAGAUGUUAUUGGCUUCUUGACAAGAGUCUGGAGCACAUAGUUCUUGUUCAUUAUCGUGAAACACAAGAAUUGCAGGGCUCUCCAGCUACACCUGUAAAUUCAAACUCUAGUUCGGUUUCUGAUCCUACUGCACCAUUGAUUUUAUCAGAAGAAUUGGAUUCUGGGACCAACAAUCCAUAUGCUGGUGCAGGAGUUAAUGACAAUUUGAAGCUCAAGAGUCAUGAACUGAGGCUUCUUGAGCUCAACACACUUGAAUGGGAUGAUCUAGUGGUUACAAAUGACCUCAACAAUUCUACCACAUCUGCUGGAGCUAAGGUUCAAUAUUUCGAUCAACAAAGUCAGUCUUUGCUGAACGGCAAUUUGAGCAAUGUAACUAGCAGUCUGUCUGCCGAAAUCCCUUCUUUCGAUAACAUAACACAACCUGUUACUGGGAGCAACGGUGCACCUUAUGGUUUCCCAGAAACUGUAAAUCCUCAGACAACAGAAAAUCUAGCAAAUCUGAAUGCACAAAAGGGAUAUCCUGUCUCUGCGGGUGGUGUUGAUUCCUUGGACACUUUGGUCAGUGAUAGUUUGCAGAGUCAGGACAGCUUUGGAAGGUGGAUCAACCACAUGAUUUCCGAUUCACAAUGUCCUGUGGAUGAGUCAGCUCUUGUAUCGCCCGUUAUAUCUAUUCAAGAAUCAUAUUCUUCUCUGGCAGAGGAUCAUCAGCAACCUUGUCUGCCCGAACAGCUUUUUAACAUCACUGAUGUCUCACCUGCAUGGGCAUCUUCCACUGAGAAGACCAAGAUCCUGGUCACUGGAGUCUUUCAUGAUAACUAUCUACACCUUGCAAAGUCCAACCUAUUUUGUGUCUGCGGCGACAUAAGUGUUCAAGCUGAUAUUGUUCAACUUGGGGUCUACCGAUGCUGGGUAUCAUCACAUUCCCCGGGAUUCGUUAAUCUUUAUAUGAGCCUUGAUGGUCAUAAGCCCGUAAGCCAAGUUGUCAAUUUUGAGUAUCGUACUCCAAUUUUGCAUGACGCUACAGCCUCUAUGGAAGAGAGGUACAACUGGGCUGAGUUUCGACUUCAGAUGAGGCUUGCUUGUUUGCUCUUUGGUACUCAUAAGAGUCUUGAUAUUAUCUCUAGUAAAGUACGGCCUAAUGCAAUAAAGGAGGCUAGGAACUUUGCUUCAAAGACCUCAUUGGUUUCCAAAAGUUGGCAAUACUUGGUUAAGUCAACUGAAGACAACAAAACUCCAUUUCCUCAAGCAAAAGAUGCACUGUUUGAAACGUCCUUGAAAAACGGAUUAAAGGAUUGGCUAUUAGAAAGGAUUCUAUUGGGCCGUAAGACUACUGAAUAUGAUUCGCAAGGUCAAGGUGUAAUCCAUUUGUGCGCAAUUCUGGGAUAUACUUGGGCUGUUUCGUUGUUUUCAGGAUCGGGCUUAUCACUGGAUUUUCGUGAUAAAUUUGGAUGGACAGCUCUUCAUUGGGCAGCAUAUUGUGGAAGGGAGAAAAUGGUUGCAGUGCUGUUGUCUGCUGGGGCAAAGCCAAACUUAGUCACAGAUCCUACUCCAAAAAUUCCUGGUGGAUGUACUGCUGCUGAUCUUGCUUUUAUGGAGGGUUAUGAAGGCUUAGCAGCUUAUCUUUCAGAAAAAUCUCUGGUUGAGCAGUUCAAUGACAUGAGCUUAGCUGGAAAUAUUAGUGGCCGACUGGAAACAAGCACAAAUGAUCCAGUAGAUUAUGAACAUCUCACUGAGGACCAACUAUACCUAAAGGAUACGUUGGCAGCUUACCGAACAAGUGCUGAGGCGGCAGCACGAAUACAGGCUGCCUUUAGGGAGCACUCACUAAAAGUACGAGUAAAGGCAGUUCAAGGUUUAAAUCCAGAGGAUGAGGCCCGUAUGAUUGUUGCAGCAAUGAAGAUUCAACAUGCCUAUCGCAACUAUAACACAAAGAGGAUGAUGGCUGCUGCAGCUCGCAUCCAGUAUAGGUUCCGUGCAUGGAAAUUGCGUAAAGAAUUUCUCAACAUGCGACAUCAGGCUAUCAAAAUCCAAGCUGCUUUCCGGGGCUACCAAGAGAGGAAGCAGUAUCGAAAAAUUCUCUGGUCUGUUGGAGUACUUGAAAAAGCAGUCCUGCGAUGGCGAUUGAAGAGAAAAGGCUUCCGUGGACUUCAGGUUAAUCCUGUCCAACAAGAGCAAGAACCGAGGCAGGAAAGUGACACAGAGGAGGACUUCUUCAGGACUAGUCGGAAACAAGCUGAAGAACGUGUGGAGAGGUCUGUAGUACGUGUUCAGUCCAUGUUCCGUUCAAAGAAAGCACAAGAAGAGUAUAGGAGGAUGAAGCUGGCUCACAGUCAGGCAAAGCUGGAACUUGAAUAUCAAGAGCUGCUCAAUUCAGAGGUUGAUAUUCUAUAGAGGGCAUGCUGUAUCUGGCGAAAGGAAUGGUACAUUUGUUUAAUUCUCUCUUUGUAUAGUGUGUGUUGUGCAUGUAGAGUGUAGAUGCUGUGAAUUCCUAGACAGUAGAUUUGAAUUGAAUCCUUAGCCCUUUCAAUUUGAUUUAGUAUCCUGAAAGGGUUGUUUGUGAAAUUCCAAUAAGUAGAUGGGGUUUCUAAAGUAAGACGCUUUUAAUGCACGAUCUAAGGUUUACCUUGGGUGGCAUGCCUUUCUUGGGUUGAAUUGAUAAAAUGAUUGUUGCCACAGACAUGUCGGAGGACUGUAUAUUAAUACUCCACAUCUUGCCUAAUUCAGAAAGAGUCUUCCUAAUUUGUUUGACAAGGCAUACAUAUGUAUAUAGGGUAAGAUCGACUGAUAUAUUAAAUACUCCUCUGGUAUUAUUUAA